AUGUCUCGACGAAAACAAUUGAAACCGAAAGCUCUAAAGGAAGGUGAAUUGAAAGAAGAAGAGGAAGAAAGCGAUGAGGAAUGCCCAAUAAAAAUCAGAAAGCUUCUGGAAAACGAUGACAAAGCUGAUUCGGUGAAUGAAGAAGAAAACGGGGGAAAUGAAAAUGAAAACGAAAACGAGACGAAAAUCGAGUCGGAUCCGUCGAUCACAAUCGAUUGUCAACUGUGCGAGCUGCGUUUCGACUCGAUUGCUUCUUUGCAGAAGCAUACUCUCAAAUCACAUGUGGAAACGGGAAAUCGAGUGCUUCCUUCGACAAGCGAUGACAUUUCUCUUGAGUGUCAAGUUUGCUCAGCCAGGAUGCCGACAUUCGAAGCUUUCGCCGCCCAUAUGCGCUCUCAUCUCAGCGUUCCGAAUGGAGCGAAUGUCUCAAAUGAAAUCCCGAAAAAGUGCCACUUGUGCAAGACAAGGUUCACAACGGAAGAGAGACUCCAGCAACAUUUGAGAACUCAUUACGCCACGAAAAUCUCCCGACUUCGGUGUUCGCAAUGCCCACAAAUGAUAUUUCAAAAUGCCAUCGAUUUGGGCAUUCACUCAGCCGAAACGCAUCUCCGUGUCGUUCACCAAUGCGCGAUUUGUCACUCAACACAUGACACGAUUUUAGAUUUCAAGGAACACUUCCAAAUGCACAGUGAAGAGAGGGAAGUCCCCGCGUGCAAUGUGUGCGAUGUGGCGUUCAAUUCGGAGGAGAUUCUCACACUACACAUUCAGCUUACGCACAGAGAACCAACGAGGCCACCAAGCGGUUUCCCGUUACUACCACCAUUUCACUUUCCCAAUUUCGACUUCCAAAUGCCAAUCGAUCCAUCAUUGGAACCAAAAAGCUCACUUGAUUCAAAGGGUCGUCGACUUCACUGCUCGGUUUGUGAUGUUGAGUGUGAUGGGGAGGAGGCGCUUGAUGAGCAUCGACUCAUCGCUCAUUGCAAGGUUCUCCGCGGCGAUCGCUGUUCGAUGUGCAGUGCGGUGUUGAGUGUCCCAUCGGAGCUGGCCACUCAUUCCAGACUUCACGCGACGAAUGGGCAAAUCUCGUGCGCUGUUUGCAGGCAAACGAUGCGCAACGAUGGCCACCUACAAUUGCAUUCGCAUUUCCAUCUCGCAAUGACCACUCUACCCGUUUCAACGCAAAUUUUCGAGCCAACCGAAACCUUGACAAAUCCCGAGGAAAGAACGGCUCCAACUAGUUGUUUUGCGUGUCACGAGAAUUUCAUCGAAAAUGAGAAGCUCGAUGCGCAUCUGCUUAAACACGAUUCAGAAGCCAGAUGUCCAUAUUGCAUUAAAGAUAUAAAGCCGAGCAAUUUGUUAUCCCACAUAAAAGAACGGCAUGGCAAUGAAGAAGCGGAAACGGAAUGUGCCCGGUGCGGAAAGCAAUUUCAUUUCCGAAUCCAUUUAGAACAACACCAAAAUCAAGGGAAAUGUGUAGCGCCUAGUUCUGAUAACAUCGAUACGUGGAAUAUUUUUCCGAAGCCCAGCCUAAAUCCGAGAGACCCUUUGCCGCUCAACCAACCACCGCCGAAUAUGCUUCCUUUCAAUGAAACACCAAAAACUCAAAGGUGCCCAAUUUGUGGACUUUCUUUUAACACAUCUGUUAGACUGGAGGCACAUAUAAAGAAGCACAACUCGACAAGCCGUUCCAUUUGCCAAAUCUGCGCAAAAAGUUUUAACAGCAAAGAAGACUUGACUAAACAUAUGAAAGUCCACAAAGGGAACCUCGAAACGGCUGCAAGACUCGCAUCU